GUGACGUCACUUCCUACGGCACACAGGAAACAAGGCUACCAGUUCACGCGAUAAUAAUUAGGACAACGCGAUUCUCACUGGGAGUUGUAGUCUUUUUUUUUUUGCCUCUCGCUUAGGGUUUGUCCUUCCAGUCUGAGGCCCAUCCCCACUCCAGACGCUGCUUUGGGGUUUCUGGUGCGUGGCGGGGUAGGCGGGCCCGUUCUUAAUCUCGGCCGCGAGAGUUUCAGAGUAAUGGGGGGAUGGGAGAGACACACGUCUUUUUUUUAAUUGCUCGGAGGACAGCUGCUGAAGAGAAGCAGUCGUCCCACUCCCUUUUGGGAGGCAGGGAGAGGACGGGGUGCGUCCGCCAUGUUGGUGAAGGCAAACGAAGGGGAUUGGAGCUCCAGGACUGUCGGCUCCUGUGGCUCAAGUCCGCCAUAUUAAUAAAGAGAAAGGGAAGGCUGACACCCCCCUCCCCGCACAGAAACGUACACCAUUUCUUCCCACCUAGCUCCCGCAGCUUAGCUGGGUGGGCCCUUCCGCAGCCUCGCUUGCCCACUCUCUUCCCGAAGGAAGCGUAGCAGCCCGCGCCUCAGAUUAGGCUUAAGACAGCGCCGAAUGAGGGCGAAAGGGAAAUGCCGACCAAUUGCGCCGCGGCGGGUUGUGCUACUACCUACAACAAGCACAUUAACAUCAGCUUCCACAGGUUUCCUUUGGAUCCUAAAAGAAGAAAAGAAUGGGUUCGCCUGGUUAGGCGCAAAAAUUUUGUGCCAGGAAAACAUACUUUUCUUUGUUCAAAGCACUUUGAAGCCUCCUGCUUUGACCUAACAGGACAAACUAGACGACUUAAAAUGGAUGCUGUUCCAACCAUUUUUGAUUUUUGUACCCACAUAAAGUCCAUGAAACUCAAGUCAAGGAAUCUUCUGAAGAAAAACAGCAGUUGUACUCCAAACGGACCAUCUAAUUUAAAAUCAAACAUUAGUAGUCAGCAAGUACUACUUGAACACAGUUAUGCCUUUAGGAAUCCUAUGGAAGCAAAAAAGAGGAUAAUUAAACUGGAAAAGGAAAUAGCAAGUUUAAGAAGGAAAAUGAAAACUUGCCUACAGAAAGAACGCAGAGCAACUCGAAGAUGGAUCAAAGCCACGUGCUUGGUGAAGAAUCUAGAAGCAAAUAAUAUAUUACUUAAGGGCACAUCAGAACACAUUUUACCAACUGCCUUAAACAGUCUUCCUUUGGAAGAUUUCAAGAUUCUUGAACAAGAUCAACAAGGUAAAACGUUACCAAUUCUCUAAAUCCAAAACAGACUAAAAGAACCUUCAAUUAGGAUUUGAUGCUUGAACUUCAUUCUGUUCAAAGGUAAAGAUAUUUAAGGAAAUUAUUCCAAAAUUGGGUAUUUAAUAAAGUUUUACCUGAAGUAACAACAUUACUGCAUAAUUUAUUUAUGAAGAUUUGAUUACAAAAAAAAAAUGGAGAACUUCUUAUGAAAUUUAUUUGAAUGAGAAUGGAAGUGCCUUAUGUGAGAAUUAUGUACUUAAAAUUUUUUCUAGGAAAUUGUAUGUUUAUAAAGUGUUUUGUGUUUUUGUCUUUUUAAACUUCUUUUAAAGAACAGUCUAUCACAAGUAAUGUUUUUAAUUUAUAUUAUAAAAAAUAUUUUUCCUGUACCAAAGUUGGGAUAUUACAUUCUAAGUAAUUUGCCUAGUAGGAGUUAACCAACAUGAAAUAAAACUUUAAAACUGCUGGAUUUUGUAUUAAUUAAAUUAUUAUUAUUGGCACUGUGAUUGGGAAAAAUUUUAGGAAAAAACUUGAAGUACAGGGCAAGUUCUUUUAUUUAAACUUUUCAUAUCUUUUUAUCAGUAAAACUGAGCUAAUCAUGGCCUCCCUCAUAACAAAAUAAGCUUUGCAAUAGCUUGUAAAAUAUUUUGAAAAUAGUAUUUUCAAAUGUGAAGUACCCUUGCAUCAUCCAAGUAAUUCAGACUACUAAAAACAGGUAGCUGAUUAUAUUCACCUUCUAAGAAAAUAUGUUAUGAAAUAACAGAGAUUGAGAUCUAGCUUUUACUUUAAUCAAAAAGAUAAAUGUAUACCACAUUUAUUCUCAUAAUAAAAAUAUUACAUUUUCGAUUUCAAAACUGAUACAUUAAUAGGCAAACAUGCUACACAGUUCCAUGUUAGGAAUACUCCCUCUGUCCCCAUGUGUGUUGAUACCAAAAUUCUUACGCUUUCUUUUUUUUCCAUAAACCCACAAUAGAAUUGAAUUAUAGAAAAGUACUUACCAUAUUAUAUCUUUACAACUUAUAACCUAAAAUGAAGUCAAUUUAUCUUACACAUCAGCUUGCUUUUUAUCUCCUCUUUUAGUGAGAGUCAAAUAGAGCAACCAUACUGCAUAAGGGAAAUGGAAUGUAGAUCUCUAUAAAAAUACAUCUGUCUCUGAUAAAGCUAUGCAAGUGCUAAUUAUUUUACAAAAUAGAAUAUCAGAACUAUUCUUAUAGCUUCCACUUGAACAAUUAAAGGGUUUGGCUUAUUUUGCCAGAUAAAUGUUUAAUAAGAACGCUUUCCUUCAAACAGCUUUGGUCAAAUCAUGUAAAAAUUUAUUAAUGUACAAUCAGGUUACCCAGGCCUGAUUUGAGCUUCUGACACCGCCAUAUGAAAGUAGCAUAUACAUAAUCACAUAUUACUGUAAAUCCUUCCCAUAAGGUAAUGGCUACUUGGUGAUAAAAAAUUUUUUUUACAACAUUUGCUGAGAUCCUAGCAAAAAGUCUUUUUACAUUAUUACCACCCUUUCUUUUAAUAAGGAAUGCCUUCCAAGCAACUAGAUGCACAAAGGCAAAGGUAGGAAACGUCUCUUUUAGUUAUCAUCAGGCACUUAAAAUAAAUAUUUAUGAAAAUUCUUUUGUGUAUAAUGUAAACCUUGUUAGUCAUGUUAUCUUUUUUUUUUUAAGUCAUGUUAUUUUUAUAUUGGAUGUAGCUCCUUGGAAUUGUCAUUACAUGUUUUCAACUAACUUUAUAUGGUUUGAAACAUAAACAUCAGCGAGCACUUACUGACCAUUUCUAUUUUAUACCUCAAAAUAAGUAGGGCAAAUAAUCAUUUAAACAUAAACUAUGUUUCCCAAGUAUAAACUCUCAUGUGGUUCACCGCCCCUCCCCAGUACAAAACAAAACACUAAUGCAGGCUGAUUCCCAUCUACAAUAAUACCCUGAUAUCUUAAUAUAACAUUUUUUAAAUCACAAAAAUAAAGCAUCAUAAAAUACAACAAGCUUUUGGCAAAGUUACUUAGACUUCAUUUAUUAAUAUUUGAGAGCACUGAAUAAACUACCACUCAGUAAUUCUAAAGUAAAAAUUUUUGCUGGUUUUUUUUCCAUAUCAUUUUCAUGUUACUGUUCCGAUAACAUGCUCCAAACUCUCCCUGCAUCAAAUUAUUUUAACAUACAUCUGUCUACCUUAAAACUACUUUCAUUCAUAGAGAAAAACGUAAAAGGAAUCUUUUAAAAUUCUGUUUUCAGUCUGUUGAUAAACUUAUCACUUAGCUCGUAGACCAUAAAACUAAUCAGAAUUAUAACAGUUCUUUGUCCUGUGCUUUGACACAACACAUAUCCUCUGUUCUAUGCCUGUCAUUCAUUCUAUGUCUACCAGGCACUAACCCCUACAAAGAACCAGCCAAAGGCUAGAAUUUGAUAUAAAGAUGAAUAUGACAUGAUUUCCUGCCCUUAAGUUGCUCAAAGUCUCUUGCGAGAAACAAAUAUUAUUCAUAUUCAUAUUCAUUAUACAAUAUGAUAAAUGCUAUGAAAGAAGUAUGUGUGAAGCGCUUUGGUAAAUGUUGUUGAAUUGGAAUUUAAUGAGAACGUGUAGACUUUAGACCUUUUUACAAUAAACCAGUUUUCUUUUGAAACAAACAGAUUUUCUUCUUACAAUGACUUACCAAAGGAGAUUUUGUAGAAGGACAUGGGUUUUGACCUGAAUUACAUACAGUGUUUAUUUAAUGAAUUGUAAGACUUCUUUUUCCUGUUAAAAUGAACACUGAACAAAUUUGUUGUUAAUGAUAUCUUGUUAAAAGGAAAAAAAACAUAAGUAAGUAAAAUAUUAUAUCAAAGCCAAGACUGGAGUUUGACAUUUGAUAUUUUUACUAAACAACAAACCCUACUAUCAUGAAUUUUUUAAAAUAAUUUUAACUCAGAGUCUUAAAGUGAACAAAGCACUAUGGCACCAAUUAGUUCUCUUACUUGUUCUUCACAUAUAUUCUGUGUGGUAGGUGGUAUUAUCUCAAUUUAUAGAUGACGAAAUCCUUGUUAGUGGAAUUUAUUUAUUCAUUCAGACAUUUAUAAUGUGUCAUCUGGCACAAGGGAUAGAAAUGCAGUAAUCUAGGAAAUCUAAGGUUACAUUAUAACCUUCUGUUAAAUAUAUAAAUCAUUAAAAUAGGACAGGUUAUGUGUCUCAAAAAACUAAAAUAAAAAAUAUUGUGUGUAUGUAUACAGUAAAGACAGUCUGUGAAGUCAUUGUUGAUCUCUUCUAGGUAGACUUUAUAAUGUUGGGUUUUUCUAAUCUCAUUUCUCAAUGUUAGAAUACAGGUAAAUUUUAAUUUUGGUAUAAUAUAGAAAGUGGUUCCUCUUUAUGUCAGAAUAUGGGAUUCUUUUAGUAUUUAGACAGUUGGAAACUUCAUAAAAUUAAUGAUUUUAUAAUGUAUAUUAAACAAUUGUAUAUUGUUUUCACAAAAAAAUGUAUUCUGAGUAUGUUGAUAUUAAAAACUUUUCCAAGGAAA